UGCACUGCCUUGCACCCUCCAGAUGCAGGCGCUCGUCUCGCUCGUGAGCCGGCUGACGCCGAGGCUGACUCCGGAGGACCGCACGGCGGGGCUGUUGGUCUGCAGCGUGGCCAUCGGGGUCCUCCUCGCCGGCGUCCUGGGAGUGCUGUUGGCGCACCACGUCAGCCCGUGCAACCCCCGCAACCUGAGCCGCUGCGGCCGGCGGCUGGCCAGCACCCUGCAGGGGCUCGACCGGCUCGACGCGCUCGGCCACGGCGAGGAGGGCGAGGAGGCGGAGCAGGCGGAGGCGGCCGUCAUCUGCCCGUCACUCGUGGAGGCGCUCGACUGCUUCUACUGGUUCAGCCAGCGCUGCCUACCCGUGCGGGAGCAGCACUUUUACGCCAAGAUGUACGUGGAGAGCACCGGCCUGGUGGAGGGCCUCUGCCGAGCCGACCCUGCCCACGCCCGUGAGCCCCGUAAGGACACGCUGUGCUCAUGCAACACUGACUAUAGUUACACGCUAAAUGUUAGACACACCGCGAGGCCCCACA